UGUCUCCGGUGGAAGGCUCCACAAUGUGGAUGCGAUGCAACCUGGAAAACGGGACCGAGCCAAUCCAGUACGUAUGGCAGCACGAAACCCGCAGUGGCAACAUCACGGUGGUGGCGCAGGGAAGCAGCAACCUCAUCAACAUGACGGACAUCAACAGAAACCACACUGGCUGGUACCGCUGUGUGGCCACCAAUGCCGUCAACAGUGAGAGCUCUAACCGCUUAUGGCUGGACACCAUCUAUGGUCCAGACAUCCCCCGGAUAGACGUGACUCCGUACAGUAUAACAGAGCGGGGUUACUCAGCGUUGGAGAGAGAGACUGUUUCACUGAUGUGUCAAGCACCGUCCAAUCCAGCCAGUCAGUACGUCUGGUUCUACAACAACUCCCAGGUCUACAGUGGGCCGCAGUACACCAUCACCAAGAUCCUUCGCAUGCACACAGGAGACUACGCCUGUUUGGCCCAGAACACAUACCUGAACACCCGCUCCAAAAAAACCAUCAGCCUGACUGUCUACUACCCUCCUGAUGGUUCCCCCUCCUGCUCUGUGGAGGCGGCUCUGAAUCACACUGCUCUGAAGCUGCUCUGCGUCUGGGCCGGGGGAUUCCCCUCCCCGUCCUUGGACUGGGCCGGAGAUCUGGUGCAGGCAGGAAAAACCCAGGUGAACGCAGAACAACAAACUAAUCUACAAAGUGGCACCGCCGUCAUUCUGCCCUCUGAGAGCAUGACCCCUAACAGCUUGUUUAGAUGUGUGGGUUCCCAUCCUGCUCUGAAACAAACUACAGAGUGCAGCACGCGUACAUACAUUCCUCCUGCAGAACCGGUGUGUUUUGCCUACGUCACAAACGCUCAGCAAUACCUGAUGCUGUCCUGCUCCUGGGAUGGAGGGGCCCCAAAGGCCCUAGUGUGGUGGGAAGGACCAGGGGGCCAAAGCAAAGGAGGACAAGAAAACUCCAACAUCCUGGUCCUCCGUUAUGGGAUGGCCCGAAGUGGGAUACCGUACACCUGCUACGCUAAACACCCACUUCUGGUGGAAGCAAAGAGUUGUAGGCUCACACUGGAGGCCCCGGUGUUGUUGACGCAGCGCAGAGUCAUCUCUGUGUACGAGGGAAGUGACGUUCAGCUCACCUGCAAUCUGAGAGCCAAUUACCUUCCAGCCAAUGAAAUCACCUGGUUCAACAAUCAGGGCGUGGAUGUCCGAGACACGUCGAAGUACAUGCUGCUGCGAACGUCUGCCUGGGCCAACCUGACUGUGAGAGAAACCGACGAGAUGCAGGACAGCGGAGAGUACAGAUGCUCCACUUCAAACGCAGUGGGAGGCGCUGAGAUCAACGUCACUCUGGUGGUCAAGAGAUACCCCAUGCCACCCAAUGCAACCCUGAUCAGAGCGACGUACAACAGCCGACAGCGUAAUGAGGUGGAGCUGGAGUGGCAGGUCGACGGUACGGAGGAGACUGGAGGAUGGACUGGUUUCCACCUGGAGCACCAGUGGGUGUCUGAGCGACCAAACAAGAGAGGGAGCAGCAAUAUUUCACAGCUGCAGAUGGAGGAGAGGAUUUCCUCCCAAGACUGGUACCGUACCGUCAUCCAGGAUCCAGGCAGCAGGAGUCACACAGUUCGAGGCCUGACUCCGACCGUUACCUACCAGUUCCGCAUAACACCCGUCAACCACCGCACCAUCGGACACCCGUCUCCAACAAAAACUCCAGCGGAACCACGCAACAGCAUGUACCCUGCUGUGAUCGGAGCAGCGAUAGGCGGGAUGCUCUUCGCAGCCAUUCUCACAGUCCUGCUGCUCAUGUACAUAAUCCGCAACCGCAACAACAAUCCCAGACUGCAUGACAUGCUGUUUGGCAUGCAGCACAGCCAGUCAAGAGAGAACAUUAAUUUUCCAGAGGAUGAAAUGGUCAGAGGGUCAGAUGGAGGGAUAGAGGACAUCGGGGGAUUAUCAACUGCAGGCCCAGCCGUUUCUAUACCCAGGGCAUCCUCGCCCCUCACCGCCUCACCCAGGAGUCCCACCCCCACCAGUCAAGCCCCUCCCUCUGGAGACGACGAGCCAGUGAGCGUCACGAUCACAGUCAAGGCUGCAGAAUCCUAGAAUAAAUAAACCAAUGGUAGUUUACACUGGAGCUCUUGCUGUAGAUAGCGUCAUGCACAUCGAUUUGUCCGAUUUAUCUUACAAAACAUUUUGAUGUUGGUUUUAAAAGGUCAGGCGCUGCAAAAAUGAGCUAGACGGUCAAUUUGCUAUGUAUAAUAUGUACAUGUUAAGUGUUUUUUUUUUUUUUAGCUUUUCGCCUUACCAGGCGUCCGUCUUCAUU